CAACACAAAAGGAAAUAUAAAGUCGCAAUACAAUAUACAUUGGGAGCCCGCCAUUGCCACGUUGGUCCUAAUCUUAUAAUGGUGAAUUGCCAAGCACCAAAGAUCAUGGAGUCAACCCCGUCUAAUCAGAAAGCGCCAGAAGACGUAGAAAAGCGUCAGUGCUGGGAGUGCCAAAGGCGGCGCCUCGUCUGCGAUGGCAUUCGUCCCGUCUGCAACAAAUGCAAGACUAAUAAAGUGGUCUGUCCCGGCUACGAGGAUAAGAAGCCGCUUGUAUGGCUGGCACCUGGGAAGGUGACAUCCCGCGUGCGCCGUGCCAAACCAACUGCAAGCAAGAAGAAUGGCCCCGGAAAAGCGACCGAAGAGAAGACUGAGGCUCUUAUGUGCCAAAAGAAGGCCCAGCCAAUGGUGGAGACAGUAUCCCGUAUAGAUCUGAGGUCCGACGCCGAAGAUGUUGUACAAGCAAUAUACUACUAUAAUGCAAGCAUCUUUCCCUCUUGGGAAUCUGUACGGAAACUAGCACCAGGUGGGUGUGAAUGGCUUGUACCCAUACCACUGGAUGCCCUACAUAAUGUGGAUGCAUCAAUCCGACAUAGCUUGACUCUCUGUGCUAUAGAAUAUCGCCUGCACUACCUGACAGGGGCAACAUCAAGCAACAGCAGUGAUGGGGACGACCUGCGAUCGAUGAGGACCAAAUCCCUUUACCACCGCGAUGUUGCCAUUCGAGCGCUCAGCGAAGCGAUUGGUGACGACAAGAGACGAGCCACGGAUGUUACCAUUGUUGGCGUACUAAUGUUCUUGUUGAUCGAUAUACGGCAAUGCGCACUUAACUGGCGAUAUCACUUCGUGGGCCUCACGUCCCUGAUGGAGCUUCGAGGCGGACCGAACGAAUACUUUAGGCUUGUUCCUCAUCUCAAAAUCCUGAUAGCUUAUUACUACAUUGUCGGUGUCAUUGGGAACACCACCAGCCCAGCACACGACUUGUUGUAUCCAACCCAGCAUGCCGAGUACAUCGACUUGAUAAAAAUGAUGUAUGAAGACGGAUUGUUCCCUACCCUUCUUUCUCCGCCAGCCCUGUUCUAUAUACUCGUCCGUAUCAACCUCCUCCGGCAGCAGGCAUCGCAGGCGUGUGAACCAACCAAUGCUCUUCAAUCUCAGGCCCGUAGGAUUAUGGAAGAAAUCGAGCUAUUCUCGCCAGCUGACUGGACAGGCUCACUAUCUUCAUGUGGCCCUGGGCUGCUCCUCGUAGCACAGAUGCACCAAUCCGCGGUGAUGGUCUACUGCAUAUCCUCGAUGCAGAGCGUGCAGGUUCUGCCUCGGUCUACAACCAUUGACUCCCUAAAGAAGAUCCACCACAAGCGACUGUUGUCACUUCUCAGAGAAGGAAUGUUCUCCACGGAACUCAAACCCGGUCUAUUGAAAUGCACAAUGUGGCUUUUGCUAGUUGCUGGCACUGAACUGCGGACCGGAAGCCUGGCAGAUCAGGCUUUCGUGGAAGAGCAGCUCGAAGACAUGUGUCAGGACAUAGGUUCGUCACUGCCACGGCUUGGGACGAUAGUCUUGAGGCGAUUCUGGAACUCAGAACGGGCCGGCUGGGAUGAUUGUUUUGAAAAGCCAUAUGCAUUCGUUACAUAAGAGCCAGAAUCAGACCGCCAAGUUUGAACAAAGUGCUGGCCUCGCCAAAAUCUCCAUUCCGAAAAAUGAGCUACAGAUGUACGGCCACAACACAUAUACAACAGUAUAUUGCGUUCGGCCUGUGCCGUUGAAUGUAGCUGAACGUAAUUAUCUCCACUCGCAUACAUGUAUUACUUUCAGGCGAAACAGAAAAAUUAGGAACAAUGAGUUAUG